UGAAAGUGGAUUUAUCAAGGUGGCAUUGGGCAGUUCAAUCAUGGCUAAUGGUGUCAAGGCCCAUCAAACAUCUAUCUUUUCACUGGUCAAGUUCUAUCUCUCAUCGAUGGGGGUAAACCAUGUCAGUCGAGUCACUGUUGAUAUAUGAUCGACACUCGCUAGACAAUGCUUGAUAUCAACACACUCACUCACUCACUCACUCCACUCAAUACCUUAUCCAUCCUGUCAUCACUGACCCUAUUGUAGCCAUAAAUUUAUCUCGAUAAAAAACCAGCUCAUCAUUCUCCUUCUGUGGAGAUUCUGAUGAUUACCUCGAAGCAAACAAAGACCAGUUCCUCGGCGCAUAAAAGCCCGUGGACAGCGUGAACUUCCAAUUCAUGUCGAGCCUGGUCAACGGCUCUGAUGGAAAUGCUCAGACUCGCGCCGUAGCAUCGACGGAACCCCAGGAUAUACAGGACCAUGAUGUUCGACCCUAUUCAAAUCCAUCAGAGACGUUGGCUGUUGACCAGACAGUACAUCUGAGCAAGAUCGCCACAAAUCAGGAUGAGAGUCACGCGACAUCACAGCUGCAAAGGACAGUCACCACAGCAUCAGCAGCUGGUCCUGUCUAUUCAGUCUUCUCAAAAAAUCAAAAGCGGUUCAUCAUCUUUAUGGCAUCAUGGGCAGGGUUCUUCAGCCCUAUCUCUGGUACCAUCUAUUAUCCCGCCUUGAAUCCUCUGGCCGCCGACUUGAAUGUAUCCAACACACUGAUCAAUUUGACCUUGACCUCUUACAUGAUUUUCCAAGGACUGGCACCCAGUUUCUUUGGGGAUUUUUCAGAUGCCGCCGGUCGACGUCCGGCCUAUGCCAUAUGUUUCUCCAUCUAUAUCGCCGCCAACAUCGGUCUAGCAUUGCAGAAUAGCUUCCCCGCCCUGUUCAUACUACGAUGUAUUCAAAGCACUGGCAGCAGCGCCACCAUCGCCAUGUGUAGUGCUGUCGUCGCCGACAUUGCUACUCCUGCUGAGCGUGGAACAUAUAUGGGCGUCGCCUAUUCGGGGUCCCUCCUUGGCCCGGCUAUUGGGCCAGUCAUUGGUGGUCUCCUGGCCGACUUUGUUGGUUGGAGAGCAAUCUUUUGGUUUCUCCUGGCGUUAGGGGCCGCUUUCAUGAUUGUCUUUGGAGUAUUUCUCCCAGAGACGGCUCGAACUCAGGUUGGCAACGGAUCCAUUCCUCCCAAAGGUUGGAAUAUGUCGUUGAUCAAUAUAUUGGCCAUGCGCAAAUCUCGACAGCUUGACCCAAAAGAAACCAGCGAACGUGUCGAGGACGAGGCAGCACUGCCUCGGAAGAAAGUCACCUUCCCCAACCCUCUGAGAUCAGUCUCCGUGAUUUUCGACAAGGCAAAUGCCCUACUCCUCUUCUACAACGGCUUCAUCUUUGCCGCAUUUUAUGCUGUCUCGGCUGUAAUCCCUUCUCAGUUCGCUGAGAUCUACCACUUCAACGAAUUCCAGAUUGGCUUGUGUUAUAUUCCGUGCGGAGCUGGCGCAAUGACAGCCGUCCUUGUCAAUGGGAGAAUUUUGGACGGCAACUUUUCCCGUUGGUGUAAGAAAUUGGGUAUUAAGAUUCGCAAAGGUCGAGAUCAGGAUCUCAGCAACUUUCCAAUUGAGAAGGUGAGAUUACAGAUCGGCAUCCCGGCGGCUUAUGCAUCAGUUGCAUUUACAUGCAUUUUCGGCUGGCUGAUUCACGUUGACGGGCCUUUGGCUGCUGUGCUCGUCGUCUUGUUUUUCACAAACUUUGCCAUCAGCGUCAGUUACAACGUUACCACAACGCUCCUCGUUGACCUUUACCCAAAGAGUCCCGCAACAGCUGGAGCAGCCAACAAUUUGGUGAGAUGCUUGCUGGGAGCUGGCUUCACAGCAGCGGUGAUCCCACUGGUCAAUGCCAUUGGCCGGGGGUGGACGUUCACAGCAUUCUCUGUAUUUCUAUUCAUCACCAGCCCCAUGUUGUGGUUGCUCUAUUUUCGAGGCAUGGACUUGAGAGCCGAUCGACACAGGCGACAGGAGCAGAAGAAAAUCCUCAAGGAAGAGGGAAAGAUUCUGGCAACCGGUGGUGAAGGUGGUGGUGCCCACGAGAGUCGUCAGGCUGGAGGCGAGCUUCCUCAAGGGCCGGUUGAGGUGAAAAUAGAGCAAGGGUCGACAGAUAUUCAUAGAUGAGGUGGGAUCGACAUUAGAAUUAUUUAGCGAUAUCUAUCAUAUGCUCGCU